AUGAAUUUUGUUUUCGCCUUCUCUCUUAUCUUCUUGGUGAACUCGAUUGUUUCCCAACAAUGUUCAACUGCACAAAUUGCCUACUAUUCAUCGUGUCUUCAAUUUAUCAAAACACCUUUGGAUUUCAAUACAGCCAAUUCAAUUUGUAGCGGUUUUUCUGGAAGUCUUGUUUCAAUUCAUAAUCCACUUGAUAAUCAAAACGUGGUUCGUCACGCACUUCAAUAUACCAAUGGACCAUUUUGGGUUGGAGCUAAAUCAGUAGGACCAAAUGUUGUUAAUCCAUCAAAUUGGUAUUGGAGUGAUGGAUCUGAUUUCAAUUAUCAAAAUUAUCAAGCUAGUCAACCAGUGUCUCAAGGAUCAACAUCUUGUAUUCAAGUAUUAUCAUCAACUUCAAGAUGGUUCACUGCAAAUUGUACUGCUUCACUUUUGCCAUUUGUUUGUCAAAUUCCUGCCCAAAUUGCGCCGACAACAAUUCCAGCACCAACUUGCCCAACAGUAACUUGUCCAGCACAAACGUGUCCGACACAAACUUGUCCAACAAAAGUUUGCCCAACACCAACCUGUCCAACAGUCACUUGUCCAGCAUCAACUUGUCCAACUCCAACUGCUGCUAGUAGCUGUCCAUCAGGUUAUACUUGGUUUGAAUAUACCGAUUUUUGUUACAAGGUUGGUUUGAACAAAUUUGAAACAUCGGAGAAAAAAUAAUAUUUAGAAUUAUGUUCAAACAACAACUUUCGAUGUUGCUCGCAACACUUGUAUAGCUGAUGGAGGGGAACUUGCCUCAAUUCAUUCUCAAGCUGAAAAUGAUUUCUUAGUCGGUAAGGUUUUUUAUCAAAGAUGUUUGAUUCCACAAAUAAUUUUUCAGAUUUCACAAAAUCUGGAAUUGCUAACACAACCAGUAAUGGUUGGAAUGAACAAGUUUGGAUCGGAUAUAUUUAUAAAAAUCAAACCUGGCAAUGGACAGAUGGAACAAUAUCAACAUUUGUGAAUUGGGCAGUUGGUGAACCAAAUAAAAUGAACGUCGAAUUUUGGACUUCUGUGAGUUUCAUGAUUUUUUAAAUGGAUGAAAAAUUGUUUCAUUUUCAGUUGAUUUCUGAUUCUCAAUUGGUUUUGGAUUCAUACAAAGACAAAUGGAAUAAUGUUGGAAAUAUCACUGAACGAGCUUUUGUUUGCAAACACGCUGUUCUUCAUUGA